GCCGGAUUAUUUUCUGACUGCUAGAGAACAACACGGUAAUUGCAACGCAGCGCAAGCAGGUAGUUAACGGCGGUACACACACGACAGUUGACACGAUCACCUCAGUUAGCGGUAGUAACUUAGUGAACUUAUUCACCAGGAAAAUAGGCCGUCUCUGAUACACUCACAGGGCGUCUCGUUAGGCCGUGCAGGAACCUGUGUGUAAAGGUUAGAUAGACAGGUGUUCGCUGUGUCAUCGACGACGACAAGGAAGAUAGAGACGAGAGAAGGAAAGCAAGGAGCAGCGACAAAGACUUGACUCUACUCCCUACUACCUCAGUAACUAGACUAGCCCAGCGUGAUCUAAAAUGCCCGUGAUUUUUACAUGUGGUAAAUCUACUCGCCUUAAGUUAUAGAUUUAAGUUAUAAUGAUACCGUAACAAUGACUAGUUGAUAGAUGCUAGUUUGUUAUGAAGCAUAGACCAAUCUUACCGAGUCUAAGAAGUACUAAGUUAAGUAGUAAACUAUUAUUAGUUUAUUAUAAAAAUUAUUAAAAAUGUGCAUCCAGUAAGCCAGUGUUUAAUACCCUCUGAUUAAAGAUUAUUAUAGAUUAAGUCUUAUAAUGUCUAAGUAGACCUACUGAUACUUCAAACUGUCUGCUUAAGUGUCUUGUCUCAUCAUCUUGAUUUAAUACUAAGGCCAAGUAAGCAAUUAGGCCCAAUCUUUAGCCUAGCAUUCAUGAUUGAGCCUAAUUAUUUAUUAAUUUUUACAUUUUUGACACAUUUUUUAAUUGGCUACAAUUGGGCCCCUAGCCCUUCUGCCUUACUAAAUGAUAUGAAUCACGAAACUAAUAGACUGUAUAGUAUAGUAAUUAUGACUAAUUAUUUUUUUCAUAUAUAAGACAAGACCAUGGCUUAUUCUUAUUCUAGCCUUUACUUUAACUUAAGCAAUACAAACUUUUUUUUUAACUUAGUGUCUUGGAUUAACUUUUUGCCAAUAUAAGUUGUUGGCCAAAUUUUAAUGAGACAUUCCUCUAACUCACAUGUCAGCAUGGGCAUGAGUGACCACAUCUUCAUCUUGUAUCUGAAGUAGCUGUUUCUUUUGGUAGGCUCUAUUACUAUAAAUAUUAAAGCAUAACAUAUAAAUAGGGUUUUGUCUGAUGGACUAUUUGCAUGUUGUCUUUAGCCAUGGGCGGUUAUACAAGACAUUUGGGACUGUCAGUGAAUCUGAGUGAUGUCACUGUGCUACAUCACUUCAAAGACUAGUUAGCCUACUAAUUACAUCUCUUGUAGACACCAUUCUUUAAAUCAAACUAAAAGCAUAAAGCAUUGUUGUUGACUGUUGCCAGGAGGCCUACAAUGUUUACUACAUCAUGCAUGGCUUUAUGUUUCUCUUGAUGAAUACAGAUCUAUUUUGUCUUUUUAUAACCAAUAGUACUAGUAUUAAUAACAUAAUACAGUGGUUCCCAACCUGUGCGGUGCAGAGUCCUCAGUGCUUUGCAUGCUUUGCUCCAGGAAAAUUCUUAACACUAUUAACUGGUUAAACAUAGGGGCUCUCCCUUAGAAAAUGAAUAUUAAAAAAGGAUUUUAAAAAAGGAUCUGAGAGUAAAAAAUAUUGGGAACCACUGGCCUAAUAAUUUUUAAAAGAGGACUCUUAGAUCCCUCUACUUUACUUUCUAAUAUGUAAGUUGGAUUAAUCAUAAUUGCACUAUUUUCAAUGUCACUAUUAACCUUAAUAAAAAUGUUGAAUUGUAGAGGGGAUUUGUUUUAGCUAAUAACUGAGAUAAUAUAUUAUAUAAAUUAGUGAUGAUUAGGUUGUGUUAAUUUAUCAUUGUAAUUACAGUCAAACCCGGUUAUCUUGAUCUCCGUUAACUCGCCAACCCUGUUAUGUCAACGUUUUUGAAGUGGAACCGCCAAAUUCUUUCUUUGUCUUAGCAUUUUCUCCUCGGUUAUGUCGCCGAACCCUGAUAUCUCGAGCACAAGAGGCAGCCAAGUUUGCCACUUAACCUGUUAUCUCGAUCCCCAUGACCAAUCGCCGGCUUUUGAACUCCGCAAGAAGAAAUAGCAAUCAACAAAUAAAUAAGUUUUUCAUAAUUAAAAUUAAUUAUUUAUUUAUCAAAAUUCAGGACUUGUGUUUUAGAAUGAGCUUAGAAGUAAUUUAAAUAAAUAUGAUGUUUUAAUUCAAAGUUUAAAAACCCGGUAGAGUCCAUAUUAUAAAUGAUCAUAAUUUGCAGUGUGCAAAACGUUGUCAUGGGCAGUCAUUCACAGUCACUUGCAUAAUGAGUUUCAUCCAUAAGUGUUUGCUGUCUGCAAAAACUAUUAAACCAUUGGUCAGGGACUGCUUUAAUUUAAAUAAUCAUGUGCCAAAGUUGAAAGUUCAAAAUAAUUAGUCCCUAAAUAGUAUUUUAGUAAUAAGGGGAUGAGUUGGCUAAUAUAAACUUUAUUGUCAUUGUGCAAGACACAAUCAGCAGAAUAAGGUCACAAAAUGUGGAGGCUUCGUCCAUAGUAGAAAAUACCAAACAAACUUGCACUUUAAAAAUUCGUAGCUCAAAAAGUACUAUAAAGUUAAAAAGUUGAUUCUGGUUUCAUUUUUUAAAUUUGCUCUAAAUAACUGUAAUAUUUAAAAUAUUAUUAUUAUUUUUUUUUUACUGAAGUAGCUGCAUUUAUUAAUGCACAUCAUGUACAUAAAGAAAUUUCAAGCAUAUGUUAAUAUAUUGCCACCAUAUUUGUUUUUGGUUAUCUUGAUCAUCGGUUAUCUCAACGCUUUUUGGCAAACCCUGAGGCCGUCGACAUAACUGGGUUCUACUGUAAGAGUAAUGUGUUUAUAUUACUAAUUUACUUAACAAAUAAUUGAUAUAUUCAAUUAUUCUUUCAAUUUAAUAGGAUUGAAACUCGAGUAGGCCAUACAAAAAUACACUAUAUUAAGAAAUUGCUUAGCUUGUUAAACUGACUGCUAUUACAAUUUAAUGCUCUCAAAAAGAAGCAUAUGAAUUAAAAUUAACCCAAGAUAGCAGAAACCAUGGCUUCAAGUUCAGUAAGCCAAGAGAGCUUGGAUAUGGAUGAUCUAGACAAUAUGGCACGCAGGAACAGAAUAAGAGUUCACAGAGUGCACAGCGGCAGAGGUGCACUCCCUCACCGUGGGCUUCCUGACAAUGUAGACGGAGGGGAUCAGGACAGAGAGGGAAAGGGUGGAGAUCACCAUAAUGGUGAGUCUAUACCCACGGAUGGCUUAGGAUUAUCAAGCCACAGCCACCUGCCUGGAGAUCAUGAAUCCCCAACCAGAGGAGCUGCAGCCAGGCUUAAAGACAAAAGGACUAGGCCUAAUCACAUGAAAGGAAAACUUCCCAAGGAUAAGAGGAAGCUUAGAGAAAAGCGCAGGAGCACUGGAGUGGUUCAUUGUAUGCCUUCAACUGAAGUAAGUUAAGAGGAUACUUUCAUUAAGAUUUUAGUUAGCUUGCAAGUUAUUAGUAGAUAUCUUUUCACACUGAAUUUACCCCCCCCCCCCCAAAGAAAAAAUUUGGGAAGAUUUCCAUUUUUUCCGCCCAAGCAAAAAAUGCUUCUUCCGAUCUUAAGAGGAUACUUUUAAUAAGAUUUUAGUUAGCUUUCAAGUUAUUAGUAGAUAUCUUUUCACACCGAAUUUACCCCCCCCCCCCCAAAGAAAAAAUUUGGUAACAUUUACAUUUUUUCCUGACAAGCAAAAAAAUGUUAGCAAAUCAAAAUGUAAAAAGCCCUGCUUGCACUUCAAUGAGUUUUAAAAGAAAUACAUUUCUAGCCCAAUUCUAAGUCAAGCAACGAAAAGCUAUAUUAUCCCAAUAAUUUUUAUUUCUUUUUAAAACAAUCAUAAGAUUUCAGGUUGUUUAAAACAUUUCACUCACAUCUUCAAUAAAAUCAAGUAAUAUGGCUGGCCACCUUAAUGUCAUUUUAAUAUUGUUUAUAAUAUUCGACACAUAUUUCCUUCUGAUGAAAAAAAAAUUUCAGAGUACUGGUGAUUCAUUGGAUGAUGAAGAUGAUGAUGAAGAUGCUAGCCAUGACACUAAGAAGAAUACAACAUAUAAUGAAGUGUCAUCUGGUGGUCGGCAUCAUGAAAACAUAUAUGAGGUAAAAUUUUUUGCCUUAUUAGAUUGAUAAAAUUAACUUUUUCCUUGAAAAUCUUAGUGGACCAUAGUCUGGACAGUCACUUGAAAGAUUACAAUUUUCUUAUCAACAUAAAUUGUUGAUUAAUGUAAUCGUUGUUUGAUAAUAAAGUUCUUUAUUUUAAAAAAUCAUAGACUUAGUUAAACAAGUUUAACUUUUAUUUGAAAGGGUGGAAAUAAGCUACUAGAUUUUUUUUUAAUGUGUAUAGAUUUAACUAACUGCAGUUAAUAAGGACUUGCACUUUGGUUGUAAAAAUAAAUCUGCUCAAGAGUUGCGUUACCUGCAAAUUUAUUUGCAAAUUUUUGUUACAAGUGCAAGUCUAUAUCAUGCUGGUUUGUUUUUUGUUUUUUUGUUUUGUUUUUUUUAAAUUUAAGGAUGCCAAAAUAUUUAAAUGUUGGUGCCAGUGUUACCUAAUGUCAGAAGAUUAAAGAAGACAGAGUUUGAACAUUUCCACAACAGUUUCUUAUAAUUUUAAGAAAUUUCAAGUUCUUUAUUAAUCCAUUUUUUAAUGACAGUGGGGUGAAAUAUUUAUAGGAACAAAUUGUAUUUCAGUUUUCGCUCUACGAAGUAAUAAGAUGGCAGAGAGUCAGUUCUUUAAUAUCUUAUGGGCUAUAGAACAGGAGCAUCCAACUUUGUUUGGCAUAAGACCACAAUAAAUAAUUUUGUGGGUUAGUUAAUGGGAUGCAUGGGGAAAAAAACAACAUUGGCUAAACUUACAAUUCUUAGAAAUGAUAAAUGUAGUUUAAUCACAUAUGCCAACCUCCGAGUUUGAAACCGAAUACACAUAACCCUAAAAACUCCUGUCCAAUAGUUUAAAAAAAUCUUGAACACCAAAAAUACAAAACCAAAAUAGUUUAUUAUUUUAGUAAUAGUAAAGUGUAUUAUUUUUUUUGCAUACUAGCCUAGCAGUCUUUUCCUCUUUUUAUGUCUGUAUUGGUUAUGAAUCACAAACAACUUAAGUGUUAAUUUUUUAAAGUUUAAAAUAAACUUUGAUGAAAAUAAACUUUGAUGUUAAGUUAAAUAUCUCAAAUAAAUGAUCUAGUUUACCUAGAACUGCAAAAAAUUGAUGUUCUUUUAUACACUGCUUAAUGACAUUCAAGAUUCUCAAGUCCAGCACAAAAAUUGAACAUAUACUCUCUUAUUUCUGCUUUAAGUAAAUCUCAACCAUUAUGGUUUAUCUUAUAGUUAUAUAGGCAUUUAAAGUGAAAAAGAAAUAAAAAAUGUCUCUUAAGGCUUAUUUACAGAGCUAUUCUGAAACUGUUUGAUAGCUAGCCUAUUUAAUGAUAUAUCAAGGAUUCUACUCCAUAUGUAAUUGUCCUUGAAAAUUGUUUGAUAACUCUGCAUCUUUGAAGAAAUCAGAGAGGCCAGAUAAGAUGAAGAUACAAGUUAAAUAAAAUCAAAUCUUUUUCGAAGAUAUAUUUUCCAAUUUUUAGACCAGAUUACAGUAUUUUGUCAGUCCAUUGUGUUGUUUCUUUUCUUGCUGAUGAUCCAUACUUUUUAAUGAGUUCUCUUAUAUUUUGGAGGGGGAAAAAAAUCGUUUUCAAUUUUAAUGAUGUCCUUCUCACACAAAACAUAAAUUUGGAAUAUUUGUUUGAGUGAUGCAUAUUAUUAUUUGUGACUUUCACCUAAGUUUUAUAAAGCAAUAUUACUUAACCAUCAUACAAACUAUACAUUGAAAAGAAGAUGCAUUUUGCAUAUUAGAAAAUCUUCUCUCUGUAGACUGUAGAGUACAAGUUUGUUAAAGACAAAAAGAAUGAAUAUUAUUUACCCUAGAAAGUUUUAAUAACAAAAACUUAUGUUUAAGUUGGGAGCUUAGGGAUUAUUACUGUUCAUCAUAAAAGUAAAGCACAGGGUUGACAGAAAAUGGCAUAACUUGAUUUUUUAACUGAGAUAGUAUUAAGAAUUAAAACUUGUGUAUUUCAAUCUUUGGAAUUCUAAAAGUAACUAAAAAAAUUGCAUCAAAUCUUUGUUUCAUUUUGUUUUUAAAUGUAUUACUUUAUUUUGUGUGAGUAUUUUAAAUUUUUGUCACAUUACAAAAAAUUGAACAUAAUAAAUGCAUUAUUUUUGUGACGGGGGGGGGGGGUGGGGUAAAGACCAACCAUGAAAGGAGUUUUUCAAAACGACAAUUUAGAUCAGUUUAAAUAUGCAUAUACUCUCUACUUGAAGAGGAAAGAAGGUUGUUGAGGUGUCAUCUGAGAGAGAUUGAUUAUGCCGUCCUUACCUGUUCUAAAGUAGUAAACAUAGUAGAGCAGUGGAGAGUGCUGUUUUUGUGUGUGUGGUGGGUGUGUUUGCACAGAUUUGGGUUUGGCACAUUCAUGGGGGAAGCUAAAAGUCAAAACAGAAUAUCAGUGUCAUUUUUCAAGAUAAACAAAAAUCUGUGGCUGACUUUAAGUUGUUCACAAAAAAUAAGUAGUAAACUAAUAGAAAGUUCUAGUAGGGUUUUUAAGUAACACUAAAUAAUAUUACUGGUAUAUAUAAAAUAGUUCAGUUUGCUUUUUAAUUUAUCAUGACAUUCAUGAACAAAAAUUUAGUGGGGUUUUUUCUUAUAAUGAUUUGAAUUAUCAUUUAAAAGGUUACCGGUAAUUAACAAUUGUUUUUUUUUCUUAUAAAGAUUUGAAUUAUCAUAAAAGGUUAAUUAACAAUAGCAUUUAAGGCUAAUUUAUUCUAACUAUUCUACAUUGUGAUUAAAUUAUAUCUUUAUCAUCAUUGUGUUUAUUUACCUAAAAGAAAUCUUGCCUUUUUAUUAUGUUAGUAUUUACAUUUAAUAAGAGUCCAGACCCCUUAACCAAGGAGAAGCACCAAGGACAUUUCACUUACUUCCUAAAAAUAACUCUUAGAGGACAUUCUUGUUUAAUGACAUCAUUCAUACCUGGAGAUAAAUAGCUUGUCCUGGUCCACUAAUAUUUAUGCCAUGUUCAGUCAAGUGUCUAGUCUUGUUUAAUACAAGACGUUGCACUCAAAGCUUAAUGAACCUGUAUAAUAGAAAGCUUUAUGUCUCUUUUUAUAAUUUCAAAUGUAAUGGGUCACAUUUUAAAACCGGCAAAUUGUGGAAUUGUUUAACUUCUGGUUAAGUUAUGACUUAUAUCUACCGGUAUUUGAAUCAAUGAAACUUAAAAUGUUUCCUUCUUACAUGCUGAUGGAGGGAAAUAAUGUUUAAACAUUCAACACAAACCUUGUCUCUCUCACUGUCUUUAUUUCAUUCUCCCCUCAUAAUCUUCACUCUUUGACUCUUUGUCUCUCUUCCUCCCUCUCACGCUUUGCAAUCCUCCCUUUCCAUUUCUUACCUUCUUUCCUAUCUUAUCUCCUUUCAUUUCUUCCUCCUCCCCACACUUCAUUUAUCCACAUGCUCACAUGCCCUUUUUUUCCCCCCUCCCUCCCCAACAUAUCCCUUUCCCUCUCCAAAUUUCUAUAUCUUUCCUUCUCAUUUCCACUCCUUUAUCACUCCCUCGCUCUAAUAUUCUCUCUCUCAUAUUUAACAGUUUGUAUUUUUCAAACAGCACUUACACAUCAACCAUCUAACGACUGGUUCAAAAUGGCAUUAGUGAAACUAAACUAGACCUGUUUGAUAUAAUUAAAGUAGAUUUAAUUAAGAUUGCAAAGAGUUAAUAAAGUUUUUUUAAAUAUGUUUUAGAGUAGACACUCAUCAAACCAAAUGUAUCAAAGGCGCAAUAAAAGGUAAAUAUUGCCAGUAAUGUGUCUUAUGCUAUAUUGUGCUGCUUUUAACAAAAAUUAAUGAAUUAAUAUUCUGUACUGUUUAUUAUAAUCAAACUGCCAUCGAUAUUAUGGUUUUAACCUGUAGCUACAACUUAAAAUGUGCAUAUUGACAUUUCUCAAGAACAAUUACUAUUUUAAAAAACACACAAAAACAACAAAUAAACCAUUUCAAUUUGGUUGGCUAGUUAAUGCUAGCUUCUUUUUUGCUUUUUGUUUGUUUUCAUGAACAGCCCCUCAGAUCUUGAGGCAGACCUUGAGGAUAACCAGGAUUAUGACAGUACAGUCAGUCACUCUGAGACAAACCUUUCUCUGAUUGGUCGCUCCGAGUCUUCAGAAAUUUCUCAAAAUUUACCAGGCAAACAGCAGGGAGCAGGUGCUGGAGGCAGAUUCGGUAGCAGUGCAUUUAGCUCAAAGUACUCCCCUGAGUCUAAUCGUGCACUUAAGUUUGGAUCUAGCAAUGUAUCCAGUGACGCAGACUCUUCCACAACCAGAACAUAUGCUCCCUCAACGUCCUCCUCCACCUCCUCUAUACUAUCUCGUUACCGUGAUGCUGAUUCACCACGAUCCACCACAGGAAACUCCACAGGUAACAAUGGUGCAACUCCAGAGUCGGACUCACCACGCAGGAUUAAUGCCAACAGCACAUGCACAGCAUCGGCUGAAGCCAACCAGAUCCAACCUGUUCACCCCAGGCCUGUUACAUUCUCUUUUUUACGAGAUGGUAACUCUGCAACAGCCAGAAAUGAAAAGUCUUCAUUCCCAUCAUCUUAUGUUUCAAGUGCUUCAAGAUUUAAGGACAGAGAUGGUAGUAGUGCACUGACAGGCACUAGUUCUGUUCAUAGCAGGUUGGCCAGCUAUCAAACGCCAAGGCCAUUUGUUUCAUCCACAAUUACUCCUUCAGUAUCCCAACAACAGAGUGACACCAUCGCACAGCUAGAGAAGGUAUGUUAGACAAUCUAGAUUAAACUGUUCUUUGUGAUGUCUGUGUCAGAUGUUUUAAAAUCAUUUAUUUAAAUGUCUUUCAUUUAUAGAAUUUUUUUGUCUUGUUAUGGCUACAUUGACUUGGCAUGGAAGCAGGGGAUAUUAAACAGCUUUCCCCACCCCCAUCCCGGACAUGGUACUCUUCUGACUUUGCUACAUUUCAUACACUCUUCUACACGUGCCAGAUACAUUUCAUACCCUCUUCUACAUGUUCCAGACUUUCCACGCAUAGCAAUUUUCAUUGGCACAUGACAGACUAACAAAAUAAUUAUAAAUGAAUAAAAAUGCUUCUUGGAUCGUAGAGUUACAAGUUAUUGGCACCCUGAAUGAAUUAGAAGUCUUACUUUGACACACUAAUACCAGAAAUGUGUCUAUCCCUGCUCUACUAGAUGCUACAUGAUUAAAUAUUAAUCAUUAAAAUGCCAAUGACUAAUAGGCCGUUGGUGGGUCUGUCAUCUUAAAAUUAAUAUUUGACAUUAACAUUUGAGUACAUGGAAUGAUAUGAGAUACUGCUUGUGGCUUUCUGGAGUAUCAUUUAAUUUUGGCACUCCUCACCAUCUGCCUCCGUAGAAUACCCUAUGCCUUCACUACCUCUCCCCAACCACCACCCACUCUACACCUAAGUGGUGGACAACCUUUUUCUGCAGAAAGCCCCAUGGAAAUUGUUUAUUUAUACGGCGGGCUGCAAUGAUAAUUUUCUAGAAAUCUAGAGCUGAAAACUAUAAGUUGAACACAGCUUUAAUAAACUUAAAAUAAUUAUAUUAAGAUAACUAAAUGAUAAUGCUAUGCAAUAAAUUGAAUUAUCUUUUAAAUAAAUUUAAAUUAUCAUUGUGACAUAAUGAUUAAUAGAUAACAUAUGAUAAUUAGUCAGUAGUGUAGAUAGUUAUAUGGUGAGCAUCAUUUUUAUUUCAGAGUUUUUAAAAAUAUCAUUAAUAACUCAAAUUAUUUGGAAACGCUAUGAUACUAUUUUUAUCUGUAAUAUUCCAAUGCUUGUGAAAUCUCUGGGCUUGUUAUUUAGAGAAUAAAGGGUGUCUAUUAAUAAUGUGUCAUUGGAGAUGAGCUUAAAAAAUUUACACAGAGUUCAUUUAGAAAAUCAACUGGAAUAAUUUUUAUAAAAACAUCAAUCCAGUGCCAGGUCUGCGAGCUGGAUUUAAUGUUUAAGCGACCACCCCAGCUCUACCUCUUAACAACUAAGGCCCCCACCAAAAUCAAUACCUCCUAACCCCCAACCAACCCACACCCUACAUUAGAGCAAUUUAUUUAAUGUGUAUAAUUUACCUAUUUUCAUUGAGUUACUUAUAGACAGCUUUAAAAAAGGGAUUCAAAUUAAGUUUUAACAUCCUAAAGAUUAUGAUUAACAAAUAUUUUCCUUAUUUCAUUCAAUUAUUGUGUGGUCAUACAUCUAUAAUUAAUAUUUGAUAAUACAUUACACAAUAAGUACCUAUUUAUUGGCGUAUAACACGCACAAUUCGCGCCGCUAUGCGGUAUGUACUAUGGGUCCUUAACAUUAUAUCGGUGUAUAACACACACACAUCAUAUGCCCCCUAUUUACAGGGAGAAAAAGUGCGUGUUUUACGCCAAUAAAUACAGUAAUAUUUGAUUUUCAUUUAUUAUUUUUUUGGAGCCCUAGCUGCCCCUCAACUUUUGACCAAUACGUAACAAUUGAACUUAAACCACUGCAGAAUCUACCAGAGCCUGAUGUCUAUCAGAUCACACAUUUUGUAUAUGCCUUUUAUAAAUAUUUUUGUUAAAAAUUCAUUUUGGGAUAGGUUGCUUGAUAGAGUGUGGAUUUCUAUAGAGAACAUGGUCAUAUAUUAUACACACAUACAUUUAGCCUUUAUAAAUAUUUGAAUUUAUUUCAAAUUGUGGUGAAAUGUUUUUAGUCUUUGGUCUUAAAAAUAUUCUAAAGACAUGAAUAUAUAAAUAUGCACUCACACACACCCAUACUCAUACAUGCAUGUGUUAGCUUUGGAAAUGACUUUAUACAGGGCCUUAAAGCUUCACUGGUCAAACAUUCUUUGUGUUUAGCUUUGAUGUGUGUCAUAAAUCCAAUUAUGGUUGAUACAUCUCAAGCCUGAGUUGACUUGUCUGUUUCUCUUUCACUCUUGUCUCCUUCAAAGCCCUUUACAUUGACAAAUGAGUCCUGCCCCCAUUUUUUAAUUUGUAUGCUUUGUGCCUUUCAGCAACUGGAGAAAGAAAGGGAAGACAAUAAAAGGUUACAGCAGCAGCUAGAAGAGAAAGACAGAAAAAUUACUGAACUGGAGAAAGCAAUAGAACUGUUAAACAAUGUAAGUAUUUGUAUUGGAUUAAUUUAGUACAAUGUCAGCCUCCCUUCCUUUAGCAAAUAAACUGUUGAUUAUAUAGGAAAGAAAGUUUGGAUGAUUUUUAAUAUAUCCUGAUAAUUUUAAGAUGUUUUUUAAAAAGAAGUUGGUUAUUUUUUUGUUUAAUAGUAAUUUAGAAAAGUGAAACAUUUAUGAAAGUUAAUAACUAAUGAGAGAAGGUUUGGAUGUGCCAUUGUGUCUCAUUCUGUGAGCUUCAUGAUUCUUUUUCCUUCAUGCAUCCUCACUCCCGCAUUUGUCUUCCCAUUUAUCAUGCUUGCAAUUAAGCAGAAGAGUUAGUACCAAGUAAGAUAAAUGUUUCAGUGUUGUAUAUGGUGGUUUCCAGCCUUAUUUUCUAGGAUUUUUUUUUCCCCCUCUCCCCUCUUUAAAGAAUUAUGAAAAUGAGUUUCUAAAAUACUGGUAGUUCUGCACAAUAUGUGCAUUUACUUACAUUUUUUAUGUGAUCUAUAAAAGAAAAGUAAUACUUUUUGUGUGCGUGUUAAUUUUUAAAAAUAGUUUUAAAUAUUUGUUUAUGCAUGUGCCGAGAAGUAUGCUUUGUAAUUAUUUAUUUGUAUUUAGUUAAGCUUUCAUUUUAGAUAUUAUUUGGGUGUGAACUAUUCAUGACAACAUUUUAUCAGCGCUUUUUGUUUUCAUUUUAAGUUUUGACAAAACUUUAGUGAUGAAAUAAAUGUUUUAAAUAAGUUUUUAUAUAUUUAUAGAUUUUGCAAAUUUUGUCGUUCUUAUUUGAUGAAUAACAUCCUUUUCUACUUUUUAUUUUCAAGACCUUAAGAAUCAUUGAAUUUUUACAAAUCAUUAAAUUAAUCCAAUCAGCAGAUUUCAAACUUCCGCACUGAAAUUAAUUGCUAAUUAUCUUCCACACACAUUCAUGUAGGUAAUGACAAAAUUAUAAGAUGUGUUAAGGCGAAGCAAAGACCAAGCAAAAUAUUAUUAGAUGAAAUUUAAAUGGAUUAUGUUAAAAGUGCCAUCUGACCAUGAAUGGAUAAUCUACUUUGUUUUUGCAUGGAUUUUUCAUUGAUUAAAAUGUUAUAACACAUCAAUGAGCUCUGGAAUAAAUAUUCAAAUUGAACUUAGGGUUAUGAUUUAAACAAAUUAUGAUUAAACUAAACAUUCAAAAAAAUUAUCAUUCCACUUCAUUUUGUAUCAAAAUUCUGAAUUCUCAGAAUUAGCAAGUUUAGGGUAAACUCUAAAAUUAAUUUUAAUUGUUUUUACCUUUUUUAAUUUGCAGGAAUGUGAUGGUUUGGAUGAGGACAACAUUAAACUUCAAGAAGAAAAUAAGGCAUUGAUCAGAGCCAUGUCAAAAUUAACCUCUAAUGUAUAAAGAGAAAAUAUUUUUGUGAAUAAUAGACAUGUAUGAGGAUUAUUAGAAAAUGCAUUUAUUUGUAAUUGCUUGUAUUUAGGGAGCGACGUCGUCAUUUUCAAUAGUCAUUUUAAGGAUCAUUGUUUGAAAAAUAAUUAGGAAACUAUUCAGGUUUUAUAAGCUACUAAAUACUAUUGGGUAUGCAAAUUAAAAAUGAAGAAAAAACAAAAACCUACUUUUCCUAACAGUCUUUUUCAUUGAGAAUCUGACAGAUCUAAAUAUAGAUAUACUUUUUAAAUAUGCUAUAUACUUUUUAAAAUGAUCAUUUAUGAAUAAUGCUAGUUAAAUUGUAGACAUAAAACAGUGCACAGGAUAUUGGCUGAGGCUAUAUUGGCUAUUCAUUGUAAAUGAAAAGAACAUAUUUGGACACUUUUAAUUCGAAUUCUUUCUAUUUUUUUUGUUUUUCCCUUUUUCCAUUUGAAUUCAUAGUUAAUGUAAUAAUUUUAUAGGUAAGGUUAUGCAUUUAAAUAUUUACUAAUUUGGAAUGAGCUCAGAGCAGAAGUUAAUUAAAAGUUCCAAUACAAUAUAGUAUAAAAGGGAGAAAUGUGGCUCACAGUUUAAUUAUUAUAAAGUCUUGACUGAUAUUUCACAAAUAAUAAAAUGCUGUGAUUAGAUAGAUCUCUAAAAAUGAGUCCUUUUUUAAAUAAGAGUUGACUCAUUUUAAUAUUCAGUGUUCAUAUUUUGCUGUGAAUAAAUGUAACUUCAUGAUUUUGUCUCUUUCUACUACAUAGCUGUUUAGUAAAGUGCUAUCAAUCAAUUUUAUUAAUAUUCUAAUGGAAUUUUGUUUUUAACUACUUGUUGUGCAUUAUUAAGAAUGUCUCUUUUUAAAUAUUUGACGUUAGUGUAAAAUUAUAUUUCUUACUUUUAUUAAGGCAAAAAGAUUGUUCUCUAGCAGGGUUUUGAACUCUUUCUUUAUUCUGCACCCAUAAAAAAUUAUUUGACUAAAUCACACACACCGAUAAAUGGGGUUGGGGAGAGACUUGGAAAGAAAGACAUCUAUUAUUAUGCCGAUAUGUGAGAGAGAGAAAGAAGGCAUUGAAGAAUAUCUACAGAAGUUUUAAGUCUUACAAGAGGCAAAAAUACCAUCUUAUAUGAGAAAUUGAAAAAUUUAGGUUUUUAAUCAUCACUGAAUAGGGGGUAAAAUGAUGUAGAGCUGUUUUUGUCAACCCCUGAACAUCCCAAUUUAUAAUUACUCUUCUUCGCAACUCUAAAAUGCCACCUUGAACACCCUAGGGGUGCACACACACCAGGUUAGGAAACUGUUCUUUAUAAUUUAUUUAUAAUCAAUUUGAUUAUUUUAAUCUGUGAAAGGAAAGAAAAAGUUGUUUAUUUAAUUAUAUUAGAAAGUUAAUAAUAAUGUACUUUAUUUUUAGCAAACUCAUUUAGAAAUAUUUGUUUUUAAUUGGCCUUUAUAGAAAUAUAAAUAUAUUAGGCAUUUUCAUAACAGUUGUUGAAGAUAUUCUAUAGAAACUCUGGUAACUCGUAUAUUCAAUUUCAUUUACAAGAAGCAGUGACAUGUAAUGCCAUUUGCUUGUUUUUGAUUUUCCACUAGGUACUAAGAUUGCAAAAUUAGUAGUGCAUUUACAAGUUAAAUGAUAGUUAAAAAUAGUUCAUUCUUUAAUCUUUAUUUUUUCCUAUUAUAAUGGAACUAGGUUGCUACAACUUUUUAUUAAAUUACCUCAUCAAUUUCCACUUAACAUAACACUUACAUUUCUCUUUGGCCCACCUGCAUAACAUCUCAGUAAUUUUCACUACAAAAUUAUUCAAAAUAUUUAGAUUUUAUUAUAAUCAAGUUGUUGUUUUUUUAAAUCAUUUUCAAACAUAAUUGGAAAUCUGAUUUUGGUUUAACAACAGUAAUUUGAAUAAAAUCUACCGUCACUUAUAGAUCAAUAUUAAGUUGUUGAAAAGUGUCUGCUACAAAAAAAAACAAAUUAGCUCAAUUUCAUUAGCUUGUUUCCUUGAGUGAUUUUUUUUUUUCUAUUUGUGUUAUCAACACUUCUAAAUCUUUUAUUUUAUCAAAUAUGUAUGCUUUUAAUUAAAUUUAAGUAAUGCCUUGACCUCUUAUCAAAGCUAUGAUAGAGCAUGAAAAGACCUCAGCAUUGAAAUUUUUAUUAUAUUGAUUUAUUCAUAGCAUGUUUUCAAUUGGAUUCGAUGUUCAUAUCCAUUCCUUUAGUGUGUGAAGUAAAAUUAGUUUUGAUUAGAGUUACAGUAUGUAAAGUUAAGUUACUUUUGAUUUAGAAAAAAAGAUACUUUAGAUAAUCAAAUAUUUUCUAAAAUAGAAGAGUGCUGGUUUUACAAACAAAGAUCCAGAUAUCCCAGGAUAAAUGAAAAUACCAGUGUAUCCAGGGAGAUGUAUAUGGCGCUUAAAAAUAAAAUUUUAAAAGCUUUUCCAUAAAGAUUGAAUUUUGAGAAUUCAGUGGUUUAGGUAAAAUUAAAAUGGUCACUGUCCUUUUUCUAAAUGAAUAUUUACACAUUUUUAUUGUACUGGAAAAAGAUUGAUAAACGACAGAAAGGAAAGGCAGUUAUUUCAGAAUCAGUCUUAGAUAACCAUUAUAUUUUUACUUAUAUUUUAUUUGAAAUCACCUUGGUUGUUGGACUACAUUUUUGUCAUAAUUACUCAUCAUUCCAUAAUAAGAGUUAAAGCCCAUCGUUAUUAAGCAUUGUCCAUCUUUAAAGGGAUAUAUUUAAAUGUAUAUUAUACACAUCAUAUUGGCAUUAGUAAAUGGUGAAUAUUUCAUUUCAUUCCAACUAGCAUAAAAUUGUAAAAAGAAUUUUUACAAUCUCUAGUUAAAAAUAUUUUUUGUAAAUACUUGUCAC